AUGAGUAAGGAGAUCGAUUCGAUGAAACCGUACUUCCCUGCGGUGAUAAAAGGGUGUGAAUCAGCCUCAGAUAAAUUUUUCAAGUGUCUGAACGAAAAUUUGCAACCCCAAGGAAAUGAGAAGGUCACCAGCGGCGGUAUAAGUCAGUGCCACCCGUUAAAAGUAAAUUAUGAGAAGUGCAUGGAGGAGAAGCUGGAGAAGGUGAAUAAAAACUCUCUUACAUUUUUGACAUCCUACAAGGGGAGUAAUGAAUAG